CAGACGUUGAAGGAUAGUAGUGAGCAUGUAGUGAGCAUGCGCAGAGGAGCUGGGGGAAAGUCAAGAAGUGAAUCUUACAGGAAGCAGUUAGUGUGUGAGACGGCCAGACAGUUCGCUUUUGAUCUGCACUGAGAGAGAGAGAGAGCGCUGCGCUGCUGCUACCGCCACCGAUCCGCCUCCUGCUUUGCCGAGUCCAGCGAUACCAGAGGGCCGCGAGAGCCUGCAGAGCCCACACCAUGCCCCCCACUAUCCAACAUGCUGAGCCUUCAGGUGUUAGGAAGAGGAACCUGCAGGAAGAGUUGGACUCAGUUCUUCGUCAGAGAAUCAUGGUUUUGGAUGGUGGCAUGGGCACCAUGAUCCAGCAACAUACCCUGGGGGAGGAAAGUUUCAGAGGGCAGGAGUUUAUAGACCAUGCUAAAUCAUUAAAGGGGAACAAUGACCUGCUAAGUAUCACACAGUCGGAAAUAAUAUACAAGAUUCACAAGGAAUAUUUGACUUGUGGAGCCGAUAUUGUGGAAACGAACACAUUUAGCAGCACUAGCAUUGCACAGGCAGACUAUGGCCUUGAGCACCUGGCAUACCGUUUGAACAAAGUUUCGGCAGAGGUAGCCAGGCGAGCAGCAGAUGAUGUGACAGCUGAAACAGGCGUAAAGAGGUAUGUUGCUGGAGCUAUGGGUCCAACAAACAAGACCCUGUCUGUGUCUCCUUCAGUAGAAAGACCAGAUUAUCGGAAUGUUACUUUUGAUGAACUUGUGGAUGCCUAUGCAGAGCAGGCAAGGGGACUUCUGGAUGGUGGUGUAGACAUUUUGAUGGUAGAAACAAUAUUCGAUACAGCUAAUGCAAAGGCUGCUCUCUAUGCUAUCCAGAAACUAUUUGAAGAAGACUAUGAACCAAGACCUAUCUUUAUUUCAGGGACCAUUGUAGAUAAAAGUGGCCGAACACUCUCUGGACAAACUGGAGAAGCCUUUGUAAUAAGCUUGUCCCACGCUGAGCCGCUUUGCAUUGGGUUAAACUGCGCUUUGGGAGCUAUCGAAAUGAGACCUUUUAUUGAAGCCAUUGGGAAAUGCACAACAUCCUAUGUCAUCUGUUAUCCAAAUGCAGGUCUUCCCAACACAUUUGGUGGCUAUGAUGAAACACCUGAAGUCACAGCUAAACAUAUAAAGGAUUUUGCACUGGAUGGUUUGGUGAAUAUUGUUGGUGGCUGCUGCGGAACUACACCGGCUCACAUCAGAGAGAUUUCAGAAGCCGUUAAGAACUGUAAACCACGAAUUCCCCCUACAUCAGUAUUUGAUGGUUAUAUGCUACUCUCGGGUUUAGAGCCCUUUAGGAUUGGACCGUAUACAAAUUUCGUCAAUAUAGGAGAGCGCUGUAAUGUAGCUGGGUCGAGAAAGUUCGCCAAGCUAAUCAUGUCAGGCAAUUAUGAGGAGGCUCUGUCUGUUGCCAAGGCUCAAGUGGAGAUGGGAGCUCAGAUUCUGGAUAUUAAUGUGGAUGAUGGAAUGCUGGACGGCCCAACUGCAAUGGCCAGAUUUUGUAAUUAUGUAGCCUCAGAGCCAGACAUAGCCAAGGUACCCUUGUGCAUUGACUCCUCCAAUUUUGAAGUCAUAGAGGCUGGAUUGAAAUGCUGUCAGGGAAAAUGCAUUGUAAACAGCAUCAGUCUGAAGGAAGGAGAGGAAGACUACCUUGCAAAGGCCAAAAAAAUUAAGCAGUUUGGUGGUGCUGUGGUGAUCAUGGCUUUUGAUGAAGUGGGGCAGGCCACAGACACGGAGACUAAAGUCAGUGUGUGUACAAGAGCUUAUAACCUGCUGGUCGAGAAGUUGAAUUUCAACCCCAAUGACAUCAUCUUUGACCCAAACAUCCUAACAAUUGGCACUGGCAUGGAAGAACAUGAUAAAUAUGCUAUUCAUUUUAUUGAAGCCACCAAAAUGAUUAAGGAAUCUUUAAAAGGUGCUAGAGUAAGCGGGGGCCUCUCCAAUCUUUCUUUUUCAUUCCGUGGAAUGGAAGCCAUCAGAGAAUCCAUGCAUGGAGUCUUUCUGUACCAUGCCAUAAAGGCUGGCAUGGAUAUGGGAAUAGUGAACGCUGGGAACCUUCCAGUUUAUGAUGAUAUUGACAAAGAGCUCCUCAAUCUGUGUGAAGAUCUAAUCUGGAACAGAGAUCCUGAUGGAACAGAGAAGCUCUUAAAAUAUGCUCAGACAAAGGCUAAAGGUGGUAAGAAAGUGAUCCAGACUGAUGAGUGGAGAACUGGCUCUGUAGAAGAGAGGUUGGAAUAUGCACUUGUCAAGGGCAUUGAAAAGUAUGUUAUUGAAGAUACUGAGGAAGCAAAAGCAAACAAGGAGAAAUAUCCAAGACCUCUGCACAUCAUUGAAGGACCUCUUAUGAAUGGCAUGAAAGUAGUUGGAGAGCUCUUUGGUGCAGGGAAGAUGUUUUUGCCUCAGGUAAUUAAGUCUGCUCGAGUGAUGAAGAAGUCUGUGGGAUUUCUGAUUCCCUUCAUGGAGAAAGAAAGGGAGGAGAUGAGAGCCAUAUCUGGCAGUCUGGAAGAAGAUAAUCCCUAUCAAGGCACAAUUGUACUGGCGACAGUUAAAGGGGAUGUGCAUGACAUUGGCAAGAAUAUUGUAGGAGUAGUGCUGGGGUGCAAUAACUUCAGGGUAAUUGAUCUAGGUGUCAUGACUCCAUGUGACAAGAUACUACGAGCUGCAAUAGAAAACAAAGCAGAUAUAAUUGGUUUGUCCGGUCUUAUCACUCCUUCUCUGGAUGAAAUGAUUUUUGUUGCCAAGGAGAUGGAAAGGCUUGGUAUAAGAACCCCUCUGCUAAUUGGUGGAGCAACAACAUCCCGGACUCACACUGCUGUGAAAAUAGCACCACGAUACAGCGCCCCAGUUAUCCACUGUUUAGAUGCUUCGAAGAGCGUGGUUGUUUGCUCUCAGCUUCUUGAUGAAAAUGUCAGAGAUGAAUUCAUAGAAGAAGUAUCAGAAGAAUAUGAAGAUAUUCGCCAAGAUCACUACGACUCCCUCAAGGAGAGAAGAUAUUUGAGUUUAGAACAAGCCAGAAAUAAAGGACUGCACAUUGAUUGGCUUUCUCACUCAAAGCCAGUGCGACCCAAGUUGAUUGGAACAGAGGUUUACAAGGACUAUGAUCUUGAGAAGCUGCGUCACUAUAUUGACUGGAAACCUUUCUUUGAUGUGUGGCAGCUUAGGGGCAAAUACCCAAACAGAGCAUUUCCCAAAUUAUUUAAUGAUAAGACUGUGGGAGAGGAAGCAAAGAGAGUCUAUGAAGAUGCCCAGAAAAUGCUGAAUACGAUUAUUAGUGAAAAGAAGUUUGAGGCCAGGGGUGUUGUUGGUAUCUGGCCAGCUCACAGUGUACAAGAUGAUAUUCUGUUAUAUGCAGAAGAAGGGAAUAUGAAUUCCGCAGAAGCCAUUGCAACAUUUUAUGGCUUACGACAGCAGGCAGAGAAAGACUCUGCAUCCACUGACCCAUAUUACUGCCUAUCUGACUUCAUCGCCCCUAAGAAUUCUGGGGUUCAAGACUAUUUGGGAAUUUUUGCUGUGUCAUGUUUUGGGGUGGAAGAACUGAGCAAAGUGUAUGAGAAACAAGGAGAUGACUACAGCAGCAUCAUGACCAAAGCCCUGGGAGAUAGGCUGGUUGAGGCCUUUGCAGAGGAGCUUCAUGAAAGAGUCAGGAAAGACCUGUGGGGCUACUGUAGUGAGGAGCAACUGGACGUGUCUGACUUGCGCAGGAUAUGCUAUGAAGGCAUCCGACCAGCUCCUGGAUACCCUAGCCAACCAGAUCACUUGGAAAAAGUUACCAUGUGGAAACUAGCAGAUGUUGAAAGAACAACAGGAAUUAAGCUGACAGAGUCUCUAGCCAUGUCUCCCGCUGCUUCAGUCUCUGGACUGAUGUUCUCUAGUCCUAUGUCCAAGUAUUUUGCUGUAGGGAAAAUUUCCAAAGAUCAGGUAGAAGAUUAUGCUUGCAGAAAAAAUGUGCCAUUGAGUGAAGCUGAGAGAUGGUUGGGCCCAAUUCUGAGCUAUGAUCUGGAAGACUAGUAAAGCUCUUUUCAGAAUGGAAAACUCUGCUCUAACCAUGCUGUAUAUUGGACUGAUACAUCUUUAUAAAUCCACAAGACUACUGUAUAAACUCAGUUUUUUUAUAACAAUCAUGAACUUGGACCCAACAAAUACUGUGGGGUUGGGGUUAUGGGCUGAGGCAUGGCUUUGUGAGAAGUACUGCAGUGUCGUCCAACCCUAGAAUGCUUUUUUAAGAGAGGCUUCCUAUAUUUUCAAAUACUGUUUGUCACCUUAUGGACCCAAGGCCAUCAUAAAAACUGUCAUCCUGGUAAUGCACUUUCAGAGCCACACUACUUUACAUGUGUUUUAUAAGCUAUGCAUUUAACAGAAACGAUGGGGCCAUUACGGUUAUCUUAAUUUAUUGUUAUUAAUAACGGGAUGUUCAGCAAUGUUACUUAAGGGUGGAAAAAACUAUUUACCAAUGUAUGAGGAGGUAAAUAUUCAUAUACAAAUUCAAAUACACAAAAAGCCUAUCCUGUCAUUUAAAGGAUUGGUUCACCUAUAACUAGUAUGUUAUAGAAUGCCUGAUUCUAAGUAACUUUUCAAUUGGCCUUAAUUUUUUUUAUAGU